AUGAUGGAUGUGCUGCGCCUCGUGUGGUGGUUGCUGCGUUCGGUCCUGUACACGGUCGCCUACACCUUGCUGUGCAUCGCAUUCGUCCUCGGCGGCGCCGCGCUGGUGCAUUUUGGCGCGAAAUGGACGGACAGCCUCGCCGACGCCGCCGCGCGGAAACGCUGGAAGCGCCGCCUCGACGAGGCCGCCCGCGAGCUGGCGCCGUACAUCGACGACGCGAAGACGCGCGCCAAGGUGCUGAAGAAGGCCUUCGCGGUGCCGAAGCUCGUCGACCACUACGCCGUCCCGUCGACGUUCGAGGAGGCUCCGCCGGUCAUUUACCCGCGAGUCCUCCGCGGCGCGCUGCGCUACCUCGUCUCGCUCGGCCACUCGCGAGCUGUGGUUGGUGAGAUGGUCGUGCGCGCUCCGGCGAUCCUCCGCAUGAAGGCGCGCCCCAACCCCGUCGUCGACCCGCUCCGCGAGCGCGGCCCCGCCGCGGUGAGCCGCGUGCUCGGCCGCCUCAAGGGCACCAUGCCGGGGUCGACCAGGCGGGGCGAGCUCCUGCGGCGCGCCGUCGCGAAGGACGCCCGGCUCCUCGUGAGAUACGAGUUCGACUGCUGGGGCGCGUGCCAGGGCCGCUGCGGCUCCUGCUGGCGCCACGCGCACGUGCCCGUCGACGUCGACGACUGGUAA